AUGGACUUCCAAGAUACCAAAUGGCAAUCGCCAUCAUCAGGAAGACGACCCAAACCUCCACUGGUCACGAAAUUCCUCCGACGGGCUGUAUGGGCCAUCGUGAUAUCCUGCCUCACCACGGGCGCUGGCAUGCGUGCUGUCAAGCAUGGCUGGUGGCGAAGCCAUGAGGACGACUUGCCCUUUCCCUGGCAACAGUUCCGGAAGCUGGAUGGGUACUACAACGGCCUCAACACGCUGGUGCCGUACGAGGACUGGAGGCCGCAGAAUGGAUGGAACGUGACUUCGCCUUUGCAGCUGGACUCGACAGGAGUUGGGAAGAAGACGCCGACGAUGGAUCCGGUGGUGUAUGAUCCGUAUCCUGACUUCGCUUCGCCGGAGUAUCUAAGCGAACACCAGCCAGUGGCCGAGUGCUUUCUUGAUGAGGAUGACACUGUACGAGUACCUGACGUCUACGCAUACCCCGGGCUUCCGCAACACUUCCCACGGCCUCUGUAUGGAUCGAACAGCGAGCUCGAGAUCCGCGAAGACGUAUGCUUCGACCGCUUUGGCAGGUAUGGACCGUAUGGCUACAGCUAUGACGACGGUCUGAGAGAGCACGGUCUGCGUACGACUCCAGAAGAUGAAGCUUUCCAGACGAUUGUGGGCAGUACCUCGGAAAACGCUGGCGCUGAGAAGAUCUUCGAGCUCGCAGGCUACACCAGCUGGACAGGCAUGGACUGGGGUGCUGCUCAAGACCGCUGCAUUGACAAGAACAAGGCGAGGUUCGCCCACGAGCAGCCUUCCCGGAUGAAGAGAACGCCACGUCACGCCUUCGUCCUCCGCACCUGGACCGGCCGCACCUACAACCAACACUCCAUCCUCGCCCUGCGCGCCCUCAUCUCCGAACUCGCCCUCAAAUCCCGCGGCCAAUACACCGUCCACCUCCUGAUCCACGUCCGCGACUCCAGCAUCCCCAUCUUCGCCGACGAAGCCAUCUACAACGCCACCCUCCAAUCCGCCGUCCCCCGCGAGUUCUGGGGCAUCAGCACGCUCUGGUCCGAAGCGCAGAUGAAGAUGCUCUACCCCGGCCCUUUCGACCAGAAUUUCGACGCUGGAGUGGAUGAGAGCACGGUGCAUGGGGUGUAUCGAUCGGCGCAUUUCGCGCUGCAGUGGUUUAGCAGGAUGCAUCCGGAGUACGAGUUCUUCUGGAACUGGGAGAUGGAUGUGCGGUUUACGGGGCACUACUGGGAGUUCGCCGAGCGGGUGGGGGAGUGGGCGAGGAAGCAGGCGAGGAAGGGGUUGUGGGAGCGGAAUGGGCGGUUUUGGUUGCCGGAGGUUCAUGGGAGUUACGACAACUUCACGACUUUCGUGGAGCGGGAGAUCGAGACGGUGGAGAAGGAGAAGAACAACGGUGAGCAAAGCGGGCCGAUACCGGUAUGGGGCCCUCUCCAGCAAGACGACGACACACCGCCCGACUCGCACCCACCAACCCCCUACCCCGCCGACAACUACACCUGGGGCGUAGACUCCCCCGCCGACCUCAUCACCUUCACCCCCCUCUUCGACCCCGCCCACACCACCUGGGUGCUCCGCAACGACAUCACAAACUACCCCUCCCCGCCUCCUCGUCGCGCAUCCAUCAUCACCGUCUCUCGCCUCUCCCGCCGCCUCCUCGCCGCCAUGCACGACGAAGUCGUCCUAGAAAAGCGCACCAUGUUUACCGAAAUGUUCCCCGCCUCCGUCGCACUACAGGAGGGGAUGAAAGCCGUCUUCGCGCCCGUAGGCGUGUGGUUCGAUCGGGAUUGGAACUCCGCAUACGCGGAGCAAGUGCUCAACCGGCCGGAGGGGAAGGAGAAGAGUGCGUUUGGGUGGGGCGAGCAUAAUCUGCUUGGUGGGACUUUCUACUAUAACGCGCGGUUUGGUCCGCGGUUGUGGAGAAGGUGGUUGGGGCUGCGGAGUGAGGCGUGGGAUGGAUGGGUGGGUGAGAGGGGGGAGGAGGGGGGAAGGUUGUGUUUGCCGGGCUUGCUGGUGCAUCCGGUCAAGGAUGAGGGGGGGCGUGGGGGCUGA